CACUCACCUUAGAUUGAACUGAAAAACAGUCAGUUGUCGCCAACACUAUGCCAUCGAACGGCAAAAAACGACGACGUGAUUCUACACCCAUUGUUGAAGAGACUUCGUCAUCCGAGAAUAGCUCAAAACCUUUGGUCACUAGGCUCACCCAUGAAUCUUACAAUGUCGCGAGUGAUGGAGCAUUAUGAUGGUCUCCGAGGGUUCCACAAAUAUUUGCGAAGGUUCCUGGCUGCCAACUGUGAUGUAGCAAAUGCUGAAGAUCCCAUUACUAUUAUAAAUUAUCAGUGCAUAUACAUUAAAUAUCAAUCCAUGGAAGAUUGGAACGAAGGAUGCGAUAUUCUCCGAUGUAACCCCAGCUUCAAUCAAGAACCACGUUUCGACUUCGUUCUUGUCAACACGGACACCCCAGAGCCAACCCCUGCUCGACUCAAAAAGCUGAUCAGAAUAUUUACUCAACAUUCUUCAUUUGACAUUGCAGUGGUCAAGAUGCUCAAGCUUUCGGCUGGAAACCCAAGGACUAGGUGGACGGGCGCUCGGCUGUAUGAUGAAGCCAGAGAUUUUGAGCUAGUAAAAGCAGAGUACUUGGUUCGGGGAGUUCAUAUGAUCAAUGCGUUUGAUCUCAAGGAGGGGAGCUUUUAUUUAAACGAUUUAAUUGACGGCGACAUGUUUUUACGUUUUGGGAAUUGAUAUUAAUACUUUUACAUUUUGUCUAUCAA